ACGUUGUCCACCAGGGGUCAUCAGAAAGCGCUAGAGCCGAAAUGUGGUAGGCCGCUUGCGCUCCCACUCAGCCCCGCCUCCGUUCUCGAACCGACCGCGUACGAGGAGUUCUUGGGGCGCGCUAAGAGUGGCGAUGACUAAGCGGGGAGCAGAGGCAGUGGCCUUCCAUACGCCCUGGGAGACCUUCGUGUCUCACAGGCCAUCGAAACGAGGGCGGAGCGAACCUGGGCUAAGGGAGGUGCGAUGUGGGAAAACGCCCUGGAGCGGAGGCGGCUGCAAGAAACGGAAGCGGGCGGAAGAGGACGAGGAAACUUCUGGAAAGGGGCCCACCGCCUUGAAGCGGAGCAGACCUCAGGAAGAGCAGGUGCCUCUGGCAAGUACCAGUGGCUGGGAAGGAACGAGGACGCGGCGGCAAGAGCAGCCUGGAACGCUGCCGGAGGAUGAAGAGGAGGCUGGAUCGGGAGAAUCCCCAGCGCAUCCUUGGAACCCCAAAGCAUCGAUGGCUGAAGAGCAUCAAGAUGACGUUUGGCACUACAACUCCUUCCAGUAUUGGAGGUCUCCAUUACCUGCCAUUGAUUUGUCUGAUAUUCUCAAUUUAGAAAAAGAGAACAUGGUCAAAACAAGACACGCUAGCAGGUCUGGCAUUUCAGAAAUGGAAACUUGAAAAAUGACCUAUUGGCAAAUGUAUUUGCAGAAGCUGGUGUCUGUUUAGGUUCUAUUAUUACUUGAGGAAAGUAAGCAGAUGUGUUAAUUCUGGUGAAGAAGAGUAUGUUUUGAAGAAGAAACAACAGAAUUCAUCAGUAAGCCAACGGCAUACAGAAAGAAGAGAGAAGAGAUGGCACUCAGAUGACUGUGGGAUUAUUUGAAAACAGAUACAUAGAGAGAAAUAGAUGACUUUGUAGCUUGAAAAAUGAACAUCACAGGUGAGGAAGGGUGUGUUAAUGUGCGGCUGCAGUAUAUGAAUGAAGUUUUGAAUCUGUCUUCUUUGUUAUUGUUAGAUCAGCUUAACCAAAAAUAAAAAUAAGCACUUCUAUGCAAACUGAAAUUUAGACUGGCAAUUAUUUGCCUGCAAGAAUUGCCAUUGUAUAACUUUUUAUUUAUUAUUGUUUGAGGAAUCGCUAUGCUUCUUCCUCUUCUUUUUUGUAGAAGUAAUCAAGAAGUGUUAUGUUUUAUUCUGUGGACUAUGAUUGAUAAAAAAAGUGAAUUAUUCAAUGUAAUGUGAAAUCAUGGGCAUUCUUUGUAGGAUCCAGUCCAGAAGGUAUUCUAGUCCUGCAUAGUUGAAAGCUUUGUUUCUUCGUGUAAUUGUUCUGUGACUUUUGAUUGACUGUGCUAGAAAGGAUCAUCAGCAGAGCUGCUGUAAACCAGCAUGGGCCUUCAGACAAAGUUUUUUUCUACUCCCACUACCCAGGCCCAGCCCAGACAUAAAGUAUCUAGGGUUUUUUGGGCCCCUGGACAUUUAUUAAUCCAGUUCCCCCUUUGUCAGUGGCCCUAGUGGUCUGAAACAGUUUAUGAUUACGUAGCAACAUUAGGGCUUUCAAAUGUCCAUCUUCAAGUUGUAAACAUUUCUUUGUUAAUACAGUGUGACUGCGUUGGCGUAUCUGAUUAAAUCUUUUAACUGAGAAUUGAAUUCGUCAUUAGAACUUUGCCAAUCAAGUAGUGAGUUUGUACUGAUUAGUCUUUAUUUUGAUAAUCUUAUAUUCUGUCUGCUUUCUGGAUACUGUGCUAGUAAACAUUUUUGGGGGGAGAAA